UGUUUCUUGAUUAGUAUGUAUGACAGCAAGUGGCUGUCGCUAUUAGGUGGCUGGCUAACAGACUAUUAUGUGAAAAAUUUAGUGUGUCUUGGAGGUUCGUUAAGUGAAGAUCAAUUUUUGUUAUUUGUAAAUAUAUUAUUUCAUCAAUUAAAAAUGAAAUUAUUAAUUGCCCUAUCAAUAUUCAUAGCAGUUAAUUUAAGUGUAGCCGAUUUAAAUGUUAUCCAACAAGAAAAUACUCAACAAAAUACACAAUUGCCAUCCAAUGGCGUAGCCGUAGAUGAAGUUGUAGUCGAAUCUUCAUUGUACAUUAAGCCCAAACAACAACGCCCUCAAUUGCGUCGUGUACGUAGAUCCAUUUUUGAUAAUUUCAAUCUUAAAUCUUUGAUUGAACAUAAACGCGUUAAACGUCAAUUUAAUGAAUACAGUCAAUCUCAAGCUGCUGCUAAUGCUGCUGCUCAGCAGAACUAUAACAAUCUCUUUGGUUUCGGCAACUCUGCUGCCAAUGCUCAGUCACAGGCUUUUAACUCUCAAGGACCUUUAGGUGGUUUUGGUGCAUCGGCUGCCGGUACUCUUACUCAGGCUACGAAUGGAAAUAAAUUUGGUGUUCAAAAUUCAGCCGGUGCUUCGCAUGCUUUAACAUUUAAUUUGCCCAAUGGUCAGUCGGUGAACUUUGCUUCAACCAAUAAUUUUGCAAAUGCUCCCGGUGGCAAUAGUGCCAACAGUCGUGGUAGUGCUGUAUCGGUUAAUCGAAUUUAAUUAUGUUGAAUUUUAAACUGUGUUUAAAUUUGGUACUUAAUAAAGAUUAUUUUAAUUAAAAAAAA